UUUGGGACUGCUAAUUUGUUUUUUCUUCUAUUUUUAAAAUUAAAUAAAGAAUACUUUGUUUUUUUUUUUAAUAAAACUAACUCAAUUCAUUUUUUUUAUGUUUUACUUUCAAUGUUAUUAUUCUUACCUUUGAUUUCCAGGAUUUCCAAUUUUUUAUUUAAUUGGAAAUUUUUAAUUCUUUUUUUUUUCUUUUUAAUGUUAGGCCCAGUUCCUUGAUCUGCUCUAUUUCUGUUUUAUUGAAGUAAACCUUUAGAGAAAGACAAUUUCCCUAAGGACUUCUUUGAUUGCACCCUUCCAUUUUGUUUAUGUUGUUCCAUAGUUAGCAUUCUCUCCAACAAAAGUAUUGAUUGUUGUCUAUGGUUUGCUCCUUGUCCCACUAAUUCUUCAGAAUUAGACGAUAGAGUUUUCAGUUAACGUCCCUGAUGCUCUGGACCUGAUGUCACAAAGCCCCAUACCCUCCCUCCUCCCUUCAAUCUCUCAGGGAGACUAGCGCCGCCCUGUGGUGAUGUCACAAUGACCACCCCUCCCACCUUCUGUUAGCUCUCAGUCUUGUCUCCAGUGGAGGGUGUGUGGGGCCCAGAGCAGCUGGAGGUCUGUGUGCCCCUCACCCAGUUCCCUCCCCUUCAGCCUUUUUGCCCCUUUCCUCCGCAAUUUUCUCCUCCAUUAGGUCCAUCUUACCUCCAUCUUCAAGGCUGACCAAUCCUAAGGGUCCUACUAGUGCCUGAGUGUGUGUGAGGGAGGGACGCUGAUUAAUACCAGUGGCGGAGGUGCUGUUUCUCUCACAGACACCAGCCCAGUCGUAACUGGACCAAGACCAGCAAGGUGACUCAUGGAGGGGGACGUGCAACAAUUUACUUCCUCCGUCCACGACGCCAGUGUCCUUGCUGGGCUCAAAGCACUGUAUGAGGGGGGAUUGCUUCUUGAUGUCACCCUAGUUAUUGAUGAUCAGCAAUUCCGGGCCCAUAAAGCACUCCUUGCCACCCAGAGUGACUACUUCAAGAAAAUGUUCACAGCCGAGAGUGGGGAGGGAGCUCAGGACAACAUUCCUUUGCAGGGUCUGACGGCUACAGCCUUCAGCCAUAUCCUAAAAUUCAUGUAUUAUGGAACUAUAGAACUGAGUAUGAAUACAGUUUAUGAAAUCCUUCAGGCUGCCAUCAAUACUAAACUUAAAGAAGUGGUGAAUUUCUGCUGCUCUUUUCUCCUAUCCAGAAUCUCCUUAGAAAAUUCUGGAGAAAUUUUGAAAUUCUUAGAUGAUUUUGGUAUAACCAUGGAGGGAGCCAGAGAGAAGUUGUUUUCAUGAACUUUCAUGCACUUUCAACCAUUUCUGUUAACUUUAAAAAGUCUCUUUUCCUAGAAGAUUUUUUAAAACUAUGUGAUUUGCUUUUUCUCCACACGAUACAAAAAUUGUUUCAA